UUAAUAACCAAAAACAAUCAUAAACAAAACUAAAACUAUUUCCUCUUUUUGACACAGACCAAAGUGAGUCACGUGACACUUUUUUAAUGCUGUGUACGCAGAAAUAAUAGACAAAGACACUGCUGAUGAUGGAACAAAAUUAGAAAGGAUGAAUUACCUCUGUUUGAAUGCGAUGAACGUUAAACACACGUCUAUUACAAUCAACCUUUAGCUGAUGUUUUGAACCGGAAGCGCGCCGUUAUUCAAGCUAGCUUCACCACACAAACAGCGGCGAUGCCCACGGUUCCAUCCACCGGGAAGACAAACGUCUGAGACGGAACGUGAGCUCGUCAGCGCGGACAUUUUAGCGACCAGGGCCCACGGACAACCGCGGGAGACGCUGUGGGGCUCAGCGCGGCGCUGGGCGGGGUGAUGUGUAGGCUCCGGUAUAAAGGCGGCGAGAAAAUGGGAGCCAGACGAGGCGUGGACCCGCCCGCGUCGGAGUCGUGUUGUGCCAGAGUAGCAUGAAAGGUUCGCUGCAGGGGAGCGAGGCGGUGUUGUAGCCGUCGGCAGCGGGGCUGAAGCGUCUGUCGGGAGGAUGAGGACGCUUUUCACCGUCAGCUGUCUCCUCAUUAUCACCGGCGGAGCGGAGCGCGCGUGGGCCACCGGAAACCUCACCGUCGACGGCGGCAACGACACCGAGCCGACCGCCGGCGGCGGCAGCAGGUACAUCCGGAUCGGAGACGGCUCGUCGCAGGAAUUCGAGUUUCCCGAGAACACCAACGGCGUGAUCGUGAUCUCCAGCGGGUACCGCAGCUCGGCGGCCAGCAGGACGGGCCGCCACAGCUGGAAGCAGACGGUGCGAGUCCGUUCCCUGGACCCGGAGGUCCUGUCCAUCCUCAACGUGACGGACGGCGGCCACGCCGGUCCGCCCAGGAGCUACAUCAUAAGCAUCCGCUCCGGGUUCCCAGGCACCGCUCAGCUGCAGAUCCAGCUGCUGGAGCUGGAUCAGGACUCGGAGCCGCUAGUGAUCGAGGAAAGGACCGAUUACUCCAUCAGGGUGGCGCCGGGCAGCGAUGACCCGGCCACCCGGCUCAUUCAGUCCGGUGGCCUGUCCCACUUCUCGGAGAACCCUGUGCUCUUCGCCUUGCUGCCUCUCAUCUUCGUCAACAAGUGUGCCUUUGGGUGCAAGGUAGAGGUGGAGGUGCUGCGGGGUCUGCUCAAGAACCCUGUCCCGCUCCUUCUGGGGGUGCUGGGCCAGUUCCUGGUCAUGCCCCUGUACGCGUACUGUGUGUCCAGGCUGGCCUCCCUGCCCAAAGCGCUCUCCCUGGGCCUGGUCAUCACCUGCUCGGCGCCGGGGGGCGGGGGCGGCUACCUGUACAGCCUGCUGCUGGGCGGGGACGUGACCCUGGCCAUCUCCAUGACCCUGGUGUCCACGGUGGUGGCGGCGGCGGCCAUGCCGCUGUCCUCGGCGCUGUACGGGCGGCUGCUGGGGGUGCACGCCGCCCUCCACGUCCCGUUCGUGAAGAUCCUGGGCACCCUCCUCUUCAUCGCCAUCCCCAUCUCGCUGGGCAUGCUGGUCAAGCUGCACCUGCCCGCCCUCACGCGGGUGCUGCUCGCGCUCAUACGGCCCUUCAGCUUCGUGCUGAUCGUGGGCGGCAUCUUCAUGGCCUACCAAAUGGGCGCGUCCAUCCUGGCUAACGUCAGACCCCAGAUUGUGGCGGUGGGCGUGACGGUGCCGUUGCUGGGGCUGGUGGUCGGGGCGGUGAUGGCGAGGCUGGCGUGCCUGGCCCCCCCGCAGAGGAAGACGGUCAGCAUCGAGGUGGGCGUGCAGAACAGCCUGCUGGCGCUCGCCGUCAUGCAGCUGUCCUUCCGCCGGGCGGAGGCGGACUUUGCGUCCCAGGCGCCCUUCAUCGUGGCCCUCAGCAGCACCACAGAGAUGCUGCUCAUCGUGGUGGGGUACGUGGUGCAGCGGAGGCUGUGCGGUUCUGGCGUCCCACGGAGCGAUGCUUGAUUGUAGCUGCAGCUUUUCUUUUUCUUUUUCUUUUUUUUUUUGCUCUGAUCUUUUGGAAAAUCACACCUUUUCGAAACUUGUGUAAAUUUGUUAUCGUUUGGACAAAGCGCCCAACAAUCAGCAGUCCACUAAUCACUGUUGUUGUACACAGGACGGUUAAUGGACUUCUUUUGUUGUUUCAUAUGUUAAUGAAAACCAAAGGCCUUUUACCCCCUGGGACACACACAAGUUAGUUUCACAGUAUUUUUAAAACCAGAUUAUACUGUGAGGCAGUUUAUGUAAAUAGAAGACAAAUACUUAUUACAGAAAAGAUAUUUUUCUACCUGUUUACAUUUUGUAAAGCAGUUUUUGUAUCAUGUUUACAGGAGGUCGUGUGUCUUGUCCUGGACGAGGGAAAAUGAUAAUUUGAAAGUAUUUGCUACUGAUUGUGUUUCCUGGAUCUGUGAAUCCGUGUACUUGAAUAUUCUAAAAGAGAAAAAGCUAAUAAAAAAUGUUGUGGAAGCUUCA